UAUUUGCACAUUCUCCAUUUUUUCUGUAAUCUUAAAUCUCGGUAUAAUACUGAUACUACUACCCAAGAAGAAUACAAUAUACCAGCUCACCUUCUCUCUUUCUUUUCACUCUGUCUUUCUCAUUUCUCUGCCUUUAAAGCUCCUGUAUCAGGCCCUUCUCAAAGCUUCACAGAUCUUGUACGUAUUAAUUUAUUGAUAUAUACAUUUCUUCUUGUGUGUUUAAUUGUUGUAAGCUUUUUUUGUAAAUUCAAUGGCAAGAAUUAGAGGCAGAGCAGGGUACAAACCACGCCCUUAUAAAAAAACAGAGGUUUUGCAAUGGCUUAAAUCCCUUCCUUUAGCACCCGAAUUUCAUCCGACCCUCGAGGAAUUUCAGGAUCCUAUUGGUUAUAUUCGUAAAAUUGAGAAAGAGGCUUCUGUGUUUGGUAUUUGUAAAAUUAUACCCCCUGUCUUGUUGCCCUUGAUGAAAACCACAUUUGAUCAACUUAAUAAGUCUUUGUUGGCCUGUUCUGCCUCCCCGGAAGGCGAAUUAAAGCCAACAUUCACCACUCGGGUGCAGGAAGUUGGUUCUUGCCAGAGAAAACACUACCCUGUGAUUAAAUCUGUGAGGGAGAGUGGUAAGACUUACACUGUUGCUGAAUUCGAAGCAAAGGCUAAGUCUUUCGAGAAAAGCUUUUUCAAGGGAAGUUCGAUAGAAAAGGGGGCUUUAAGUCCUCUGGAAAUCGAAAGCCUUUAUUGGAAUGCUAAUGGUGAUAAACCCUUUGAGGUUGAGUAUGCAAAUGACAUGCACAUAUCAGCUUUCGUGGAGUUGGAGAAGCGGAGGGGUGGAGAUGGAUUGAAUGAAUAUUUAAAUGUGGGAGAUUCUAAUUGGAAUUUGAGGGGAACUGCAAGGUUAGAAGGAUGUCCCCUAAGGUUCAUAAAAGAUGAUAUCCCCGGAGUUACAUCCCCAAUGGUCUAUAUGGGCAUGCUCUUUAGCUGGUUCGCGUGGCAUGUAGAGGAUCAUGAUCUGCAUAGCCUCAAUUACAUGCAUAUAGGGGACAGGAAGACUUGGUACGGAGUGCCUCAGGAUUCUGCAGCCGCUUUUGAGGAGGUCAUCAGAAAUCACAGCUAUAGAGCUGAGAUGAAUCCUAUCUCGACUUUUGCUAGCCUUGCUAAAAAGACCACGGUCAUCUCCCCGGAAGUGUUUCUUAAUGCUGGCAUUCGAUGUUGCAGGCUGGUCCAGAAUCCGGGAGAAUUUGUUGUCACUUUUCCAAGGGCUUACCAUUCUGGAUUCGGUCAUGGAUUCAACUGCGCGGAAGCUUCAAAUAUUGCAACUCCUGAAUGGUUACGGUUUGCAAGAGAAGCUGAAAUACGACGAGCUGCAAUAAACUAUCCUCCACUUUUUUCCCAUAUCCAAUUGCUCUAUGAUCAUGCCCUGUCAUUCUCUUCAAGGGUACCAGUGAGCAUGGAAACAAGGAAUUCGGGAUUAGAAGAGAAGCAUAAAGGUGAUGGGGAACGCCUCGUGAAGGAGCUCUUUGUGCAAGAUGUGAAGCAUAAUACCAACCUGCUUCAUAGUCUUGGGAAAAGAUCUCCACCUAUUCUUUUGCCCUGUGAUUUUUUCAAGGGAAAUUUUCCUGAUUUGCAUAAUGGUAAGAAUAUUCCCUUGUUUAGCAAAUACAUUAAUUUUUAUUGUGAACCCUGACUUCUCAGAACCUGAACAUUAACACUCAAAAAUACGGACCUGAUCAAUGUGAGUGUGCCCGAUGCAGGUCAUUUUUCAUGUUUAGCUUGUGGGGUUUUAUGUUUUGCUUGUUCAGCAAUCAUAAAACCUAGUGAAGUGGAUCUGCUGGAUUCCGGUUUAGGGCGGAUGGAAGCUUCCUGUAGUAGUAGGCCUCCAAAGGAUAUAUCCUCACUGGAUCUUAUAGCUCUGACCUAUAAGGAUGCCUCCGACUCUGAAACUGAACUGGGGGAAGUUUCCCCAGUAUCCGGCCUUGAUUAUGAUUCCUCUCGAUGGCAUGUCUUCUGUCUUCAGCAUGCUUUAGAAAUUAAACAGAAACUGGAUGUGCUUGGGGGCAUGCAUAUGUUACUCCUUUGUCAUCCAGAUUAUCCCAAGUUUUUGGCUGAAACAAAAUUAAUGGCUGAUGAACUUGGGGAGGAUCACAUUUGGAGUGACAUUUCCUUCAGGGAAGCCGCGGAAGAAGAUGAGGAGAGAAUCAAGUCGGCUUUAGAUAGUGAAGGGUCUUUUCCUGGGAACGAUGACUGGGCUGCCAAGCUGGGGGCUAAUCUUUCUCGCAGUGCCAACCAAAGUCAACAUACUUCAGCUGACGUAACUCCUAGAAAAUCUUCAAGAAGUCACACAAUUUGCUUAUCCUCUGAGAGAAACAAAGGCACAUUGAAGAUGAAGAGACUUGCUGACAUUGAGCCUUCCUCAAGGGGCAAGUCUCCUGUAGCUGAAGAAUCUGGGAAGGCCCCUAAAGAUCAACGUAUUAUUGUAUACAAGAGGAGAAAUAAGCUCAAGGUAAAUCCAGUCCAGGAGGAGACUCCUCCACCUAAACAGGACCAGGACCAUGGCACUGGAAAGUCGGAAGGUGGACCGAGGACUAGACUCAGGUCAAGAACAAGGAAACACCCUCCAAAGAAGGCUACUCGGUGA